CGAAGAAUGCAAGCACGGAAAAUCAAUUCGGACCUAACCAAGCGCAUUAGGGAGGGUCUGAGUUUAAAAAACACGAGAGACGAAGUCACCGGUGGAGGUGAACGUGCCGGGCUUUAAAGGAAGUCUCUAAAAAGAGGGUGGGACGAAAUGGUCUAGACGUUGAUCUCUCAACCUAAUGCACAGGGACAGUUACGGAUUUGCGCUGUGCCGUGUCAUUAAUGGAUAGAAUUUCCAUUAAUGUGGAACAGAAAUUACCUUGUCCAGGAGGCUCGCAGGAUGUUGAAGUCGUCGUCAUGAAAGCCAGGGAUUCAUAGGAGCAGUCUCGUCGUCGACGUCAAAGCACAAAAAGUUACGAUGGUUCGCGUGAUCCCGGUGCAUAACUUCCUGGGGCAGAACGUGGCUCAGUUGGAGGAGGAGCCAACGGCAGCAUGCAUAGCCCACGUAGGCGAGGACGAGGCCUUGCUGAUAGCAUUGUCCAGUCACUGCGUGGAGGUCCGGGAUCUGGAUGCUGCCAACGUCGAGCCAAGGACCGUCUUCCCGACGGUGGACAAGGUCGAGUCGAUGCGCCACUGUGUCCAGGGUAACUACGUGCUGGCUCUGGAGUCCAAGACAUGCCGGGGCUCGCUCGUGGGUCGCUUUGUGAGGGUCUACGUGAACUGGGGCUCGAAGGCGAACCGAGGGCGAGCUAUCCGGGCACGGAUCGCGGGCAGAGUGACUCCCAGUCCGAACCCUCCCUCGGACAGCCUGGAGAUGAUCGAGCUUCCCCUGGAUGGCCUCGACGCGGCUCCGGCGGCGGUGGCCUGCUGCCAAGCGACCGGGAACCUGUUCGUUGCCGGAGGGCCGCGGAUCCUGCUCUACGAGUACAAGGUGGAGACCCUGAAUCCAACCAAGCUGCGGUUCAUCGACUUCCGGGCAGCGGCCGACCGCGGUUCUCUGACCCUGGGUUUCACCCCAGAACGGGUCGACGCGGUAGAAGACGUGAUAGCGGCGUGUGACGCGCGACGUCUUCUGGUGUUCCGACUGGCGGCCGGAGGUUCCCCGCAACCCGAUCAGGCGCCAGAUCCCGAAGAAGUCCCGGAGACCACGGACGGGCCCGUGGACUGGGACCGACUGGCAGCGCGCGGCGCGCCAACCGUGGAGCUGCCCGGCGUGCUGGCGGAGCGCGGGGUGGGGGCUCCGCUUGAGGCCAACCCCGACGAGGCGGUGGCGAGCGUGGAGCCGGGGGGGCGCUACUCGGUCGAGCAUCUCGUGCGGAUGGGCGCGGCGCUGGGGGAGGCCUUCUCGUGCUCCCUUCUGGAGCCGCUGGAUCCCGAAGCGGUGGGGUGCGUGGCGUGCACAGGGAGAGUGGGCUACGCGUUCCGCAUAGGACGCGGCGCCCGGGGUCCUGAGCUGCGGCCGCGCGUGUACCCGCUGACGGCGUCGGCGCGACGAGUCGCUCUCGAGCCCACCGCGCUGCAUGCCCUGACGGAAGCGGGCCUGGAAUCGUACGCUGCUCGGCUGGGUCCUCCGGGGCUGGAGGCGGGGCCCGACGAGCCGCCCGAGGGCCCGCCGUUCCUGAUUGGCCUGCGGCCGUUCCCGGGGGUGCGCGAGCUCGCGUGCUCGGGUCGCCACCUGGUGCUCGUGGCGGCCGGUGAGGCCCACUGGGCGAUCCACGCCCUCGCCCUGCCCGGGCCGAGCGACGUGCGCCGCGACAUGCUACGCGCCGCCGAGUGCCAUCGCGCCGCCGAGCCCGCCACCUACGGCCGCCUCUUGGCCGAGGCCCUGGCCCUGGGGCCCUCGGGCCCGGGUGACGAGUGCCCCGCGCUUUUGGCCGAUCACCUGCUCGGCUCGCGGUCGGCGGCCGACUGGCGGCGAGCGGCGCGCUGUUACCGUCGCGCCGGUCUGCCGGCCGCCAGGGUACUGGCGAGGGAGGGCGUCGUCCACGCCCCAGGUCCCGGGCGCGCCGCCCUCGUCGCCGAGCUCCUGGCCGGCCUCGACGCCGCGUCCGGUCCGGAGGCCGAGGCCGAAGCCGACGCCCUUUUCCAGAGCCACGACGUCCCGGCCGUGCUGGACCGCGACGCCCCCGACCGCCGCGCUCUGCCCGAGGCCGUGCUCGCGAGUCCCGUCCUCCGCGAGCACGCCGCGGACAAGCUGAUAGAGAUCCUACGCGGCCGAGUCGCCUCCUCAACGACCGACGACGCGGGUCUCGUCGAGCGCUUCUCCUUGGCGCUGCUCCUCGCCGAGACCGGGGCGUCCGGGCCCGCCGCCGAACUUCUCGAGGCCCUGCCCGAUCACGGCCUCGAACGCGUCCUGAUGCGCCACUGGAAGUUGCUGUUCGACUGGACCCCGGUUUCCCGGGGCUACCGCGGAGGACCCGGGUUCUCCGAGCUCGCCGGUUGCCUCAUGCGACGUCCCCGGAGGGGCCUCUUCGCCAAGGUGCUCGCGCGCCUCGUUACGACCCGUCUCCUCGCCGCCCGCAUCGCGGUGCGCGUCUUCCUGGGAUAUCUGCCCUCGCGCCUCGGUCGCGACGGUCUGGACGCCGCUGGCGCGCUUCAGCUCUUCCUCGAGGCCUACCUCGGCGAGAGAUGUCGCUCCUCCGGAUCCCCCGAGGACCCGGACGACGCGGAAGCCGAGCGCGAGGCCUUCCGCAUCCUCGUGCGCUCCUACCUGGGCAAGCUCGCCCAAGGCCGGCUCCGCGAGGAGGAGGAGGACCCGCGGGAGCUCGGCCACGACCCCGAGGAGCCGUACCUCUUCGCGAGCCGCCGACCCAAGUUCCUGGACCGCCUCGCCUCGCAGCGCGGGGUCCACAUCAGACCGGAGCUCCUCAAACUCCAAGCUCUCCUGGCCAGCGGUCGGCUGCCCGCCGAGUCGCUUCGGGACGUCGACCGUUUCCUCGAGGAGCAGGAUCCCGGCGGCGACCUCGCCCUGCGCAUCCUCUACCGCCUGGACCCCGCCGCGGGGACCAGGAUCCUCAUCGACGACUGCCCGAGGGCCCUGCUCGAGUACGCCCAGUACAAGUACACGAGGGCUGCCGAGUGGAAGAUGCUGAUCGAGAUGCUGCAGGGGAAGAUCACCUGGACCGGCGGCGACAAGGAGCACGGCAAGGUGUACGGCGAGAUCAUGAAGGAGACGCUGGUCUACCUCGUGCAGAUCUUGCCCCUGAAGAGGUUCCGGUCCUUCCUGCCCAGGGAGAACGAGGCGAUCUUCCAAAAGUACUCCGAGGUCUGCAGUCAGGCGAUGCACGCGGACCACGUGAGAUCCAUGAUCAUGGAGACGGGGCACCAGCUGCUGACGACCCUUAAUUUUUGAGGUUCCCGAUGACUCCAUCUCGUUCCGUUAUUCGUUCUCGAUAGAUCCUUUAUAUCCGCGUUUUCGAUAUUCAUAGUCUAUCCAUGUUCGUGCGCGCGUAUGCAUACGUCAAGGUACGCGCGCCAUCGUGAUUAUUAUGAAAUUAAUACGUAUUAGGACCAGUUGCGAUCGUA